UCAUCACUUAUUGAAAAGUAUUUACAACAUUCAUCAAAAUACUGUUAAAAUGAUAGCAUUAUCUAGUCUAGUUCUACUAAUUUCUGUUAUUGCGGCAGAGAGUAAAACGUUUCGAAACCGGCAUGGACCUCCCCCAAUAAAAGUUCCCAUAGGUAGAACUAGUUCACCCGUGUGGGCUAAUAUAACUCAAAGGGUUGACCAUUUCAAUCCUGUGGAUAAAAGAACAUGGACAAUGAGAUACGUAUACAAUGGCGAAUGCUUUAAGAGUGGUGGCCCGAUAUUCUUAACUCUUGGAGGCGAAUGGACCAUAUCAACCGUAGAUCUAAUGGCGGGAACAUUUUACGACAUAGCAUGCGAAAAUGGCGGAUAUAUGUUUAAUACUGAACACAGAUAUUAUGGAGAAAGUCAGCCAACCAGAACUUGCCAACCAAUGAACGUUACGACACCCGGUCGUGCUUUCUUCUUCAAUACAAUAGCAGACGCUUUUGCAGGAUUAGUGCAAUAUGCAGUACCGGGUGAAAUUGAAAGUGUUUGUUUCCAAAUCGAAAAUGCGACAGGUUCUAAUGUAGAAAAGAUAGCACCCUAUGUCAGAACACAAUAUGUUGAUAGCUCCUGCAUGGUAUUAUAUAAUGAUUUUAUAGAUCAACACUCAUCUCCUAAUAUAACGUUAGAUAUGAAUCGCCAGUGGUACUAUCAAAUUUGCACAGAAUUUGGUUGGCUUCAAACUUCAACAUCAACUAAUCAACCUUUUGGUAACACGUUUCCUUUGGAAUUAUAUUAUCAACUCUGCAAAGAUUUAUUCGGAGUGGAAUAUGAUGAAGAAGUAUUAAGUGUUGGUGUGGAAAGAACAAAUGCUUUCAAUGGAGCUGAUACUCCAGAAAUAUCCCGACUCAUUUCAGUGCAUGGUAGCGUGGACCCCUGGCAUCCGGUGGGAUUAUUGAAAGAUCUCCAUUCUACGGCACUAGGAUUUGUUGUUCAAGGUUCAUCCCACUGCGCCGAUCUCAAUUCGGCAUCAGAUAUUGAUUCCGAGCAAAUAAAACAAACAAAACUUACAAUUCGUACAACAAUUGCGAAAUGGUUGGACGAAAUAAAAGAUGGUACAUCAUCUGGAACUACUUUACGAAUAAGUAUAGUAAUUAUACUAACAACAACUUUACUGCAUUUAAUGUAUAAUUUCUAGUUUCUUACAUCCUUGUAAAAUAAAGUAAUUCUACAAGUA